AGUAGUGAUGUUCAGUGCUUCAAACCAGAGGUAGAGGAGUGAAGUGCAGAUUGGGUGGGUUACAAAGAUUGUGCAGACCACGAUCGUGUUGCAGGAGGUCUCUGCAAGACUCUGCUGCAAUGGUCCCAUUUGACAGAGCAGAGAAGAAGGUUACAGCUGGGGCGGGGUUUCAUAUCACACUGAAUUAUCUCCCAGCAGACUUCAAUAAACACCAAAAAGACGUGUUUAGCUCCUAUUCUCGUCUGCAAGAUUAAAAUGGACCAAAAAUGGCUUCUGAUUCUGGUGAUUGUGGUGUCUUGUCAGAAAUUUACUACAGGAGCUGCCAAAAACAUAACAGCAAAGGAAGGACAGAGGGUUUAUAUGAACUGUAAACAGAUACCAGGGGCCAGCAUGAUUGUCUGGUUUCGAGUCCUGAGCAAUUUUCGCAUGGAAUUCAUUGGGUCUUUCAGCACAAAAUGCAUAAAAAAGACAGUGAUAACAAACUUCGAUGGGCUCUACACUUGCACUGAGGAUCAUCUAACACUGAAGUCCUUCAAAAAAAACGACACUGGCCUAUAUAGCUGUGCGUCACUUAUCCAAGGUAAUAAAUUGGAGUUUGGAGACGUAACACGAAUAUCUGCAGAAACAACUGUAGUUAAAACUGAAGCGCCACCAACAUGCACCACCAAACCGAGUGUGCCCAAAAUUGCAACCUGUACUUGUGAAGGCAAGAAAGGAGGAGUUUCAGAAUGGGAGUACAGUUCUGCUAUUACUUGUAGUCCAAUAAUACUGGGAGCUCUUGCUGGUAGCUCUGGCCUUUUUCUUCUGCUCCUCAUCGUCACCAUCUUGUACUGCAAUCGGAUAAGGACACGGAGAUGCCCACACCAUCACAAAAGAAGACCUCGAACGGCGCCUCCUGCAAAAGAACCGAUGGCCGACAGAUAUGUUUAAUCUAAAUGGUGAAAUUUCAGACACUUCUUUGCUUUCAUGCUAUUGCUGCAUCUUCUCAUCCUGUUUGCUAAAGUCAGCCUAAAACAUUUUCUUUGUUUUUGAAAAUAUAAGAUGGUUUUAAAGUGGUUGUGUAUUCAGCGCAUAAAUGGAAAGCCUUUUAUUGCCAGCAAUGAGUUAUAAUUUUCAUGUGGCUUGAUGGCUAACAACACUGUUUUGUCACUGGUAGAUUGAACCCUUUUAAUGAUAAUUGUGUGGUUUAAAGAGUUUAUUUUGCAAAUCCACAUCGAUUCUUAUGGUUACGGGUACGACUGAAGAUGAUCCUGAGAAGCAUAUUCAUUUUGUUUCUGAACUGUGAGCAAUAAUUGUAUAUAAUUCUUUUGAAUUUAAAUAUUUUGUAUUUAAUUUUUUGGGAAGUUUUAAAAGCAAUAACAGCGUGCUUUUGUUUUGCAUUCUGCACACACUUUAUUUGAAUUGCUGCACUUGCAUUUAGUCAUCAAAACAAUUUAAAGCAGUUUUUUUUUUUUAUGGCUUGUUUAAAAUUACACUUACUCCAAAAGUAUUUGAUCUGAUUCAUUCACAUGUUUUUAAGGCUGUAGAAUAAUACUGAAAAGAACAAAUAUGGCACUUUUUUUUGUUUUUGCUUUUAAUUGUUGUACAUCCUCAAACAAAAAAAAAAGAAAAAAAAAGAAAAAAGAUUCUCCUGUCUAUUUUCAACAUAAAACACUGUACAAAAAAAAAAUAAAAAAAAAAAUAAAACCACUCAGACAAGCAUUCCUUCUUCAAUGAACUGCAUUUGACUUUAUUAGAUUUUAUUUUUUCCACACAUCAAACCCACUCAUUUGGAUUCCCAUCAGUCAUUCAGGGUCUUGGCACAAAAGUAGAUUUGAGCAAAAGACAUUUGUUUUUUAAGCCCCCCCCCUUGAGUCUAAAGGAAGUGGGGUGCUACAACUGUAAGCAGAGCGCAAAACCACAAGUCAAGAGCGGAUAAAAAAAAUUCUUUCAUAGGAGAUUACACUCCCACGCACUUUAAUACAUACACAUUUCCCCUUGCACCUUUACAAACACAUUGUUUGUUCAUCUUUCCUACAAUAUUUAGUUAUUUUCUCCAGCAUAUUAAGUCAGUUAAUGUUAUCUUUUGUUUCUCUUUUAAGGUACGAUAAUAAUAAAACGAUACUACAUGAUUUAUUUAUGUAUUUAUUUUUUUUCAAUUUAGUUAGCAUUUCCCCUUAUACAUGUCAUAUCUUGGCUUAACUCCACAAAAAAAGGGUGGAAUUAUAGUGACUAACUUUACAAUUGAAAGCAAUAGCCCUUUGUAAAUUACAGUGUUGUGUUACGUAGAGCAAAACUCUUUUACAGCUCACAAACAACGGCAGUUUACAAAGCUUGUAAACAUCCUGCUUCAAUAAGUGCACUUAUGAACGUCUUUUUUUUUUUUUUUCCAUUCUGCAAACCCAAAUACAUAGAAAAAGACCUACUUGACAGAUAUUGGUCUUUUUAAAGAUAGAGGCAUUUGCAAAAAGCUCUCCAAUACAGAAUUAAUUAGAACACCUCCUGGGAAAUCCACAUAUUUAAUAAUGUAAACUAUGUAUUGUUCAAAACAUAUGUGAACUGUACACUAGUGUCUUAUGUAAUGGUGUCCAAUCACGACAUGAUAGAAAAACUUUUUGUGUGUGUGUACAUCUGGAUUGCACAAAACUUCCCGGUGCUAUACACCUACUCCAUACUGCUCUCACACAAGUCUCCACUGCUCCAACUAAUGUCACAACACCAGCAGGUUUAGGUCACCGGUGUUGUAAUAGAAGUGUUUUGCUGGAGGAAAAAGAAAAAA